ACAAAACAACGCAGGAGGAACAAUAAGCCACUGCCCACUGCGCUCGCAGAUGCGAUGCUCGGCGCAACAAGUCAGCCAGCAGACAUUCCAUGUGCUCAGUGCUCCUCUGCCUUCGUUUUGACAACUCCGAGAACCGCUUCUCCUCUUCCAGUCUUGUCUACCUUUCCCCACGGACUUCUUUACUAUCGAAGACGAUGAUGUGGACAUUCGGCCGAAUUUAGUCUUCUGUGAGUGCGCCGUGGAAAUGAUAUACUCGACAGCAUAGCUACCGGCAGCUUCCGCCACGGGUCAGCCAAAAUAGGACAACACCCAUGGAGCAAAUUUGGGAUAUGUGCCUUGCUCAAGGACAGAUUGACAGAUUUUUCACCUUGGGUAUUCCAACCAGCAACCUUUUAGGCUGAUGAUGAUGAUGAUGAUGGACCAACAGGAGCAGAGUGAUGACAUCGGUGUCCUGAGCCCGCUGGAGUUGCUGACCGAGGACGCCAAGGAGGACGAUGGGCACUGCCAACCACAGUUCAGGCUGCAACUGAUUGAUGACCUGACGUAUGAAGAUGUCAAGAAAUGCUACAGGGGCUCGACCGUCAGCAAGUACAACUCCCAGUACCACAAGCUGUUCCAGAGCGUCCCCAAGGAGGAGAUCCUUAUGAAAGUGUAUUCGUGCGCUCUCCUCCGAGACAUCCUACUUCAGGGCCGCCUCUACAUCUCCCGCAACUGGCUGUGUUUCUAUGCCAACCUCUUUGGGAAGGACAUCAAGGUGGCCAUUCCAGUGGUGUCAUUACGGCUGGUGAAGAAGCACAGGACGGCAGGCCUGGUACCUAACGGGUUGGCCAUCACCGUGGACACCAGCCAGAAGUAUGUGUUUGUGUCCUUGCUGUCUCGAGACAGUGUCUACGACAUCCUCAGGAGGAUCUGCACACACCUUCAGGUGAAUGGGAAGAAAAGCCUUAGCCUGAAGCAGUACUUGGAGGAGCCUAGCUCACUAUCUAUGGAUGAGUUCCCCGUGGUCAAUGACUUCCCUCCGGUGUUGAAGUGGAGGAGGAAGCCGUCCAUUCCAUCCGUGUCCUCCUCUCUCCCGGAUCUCCUUGGUAACUCCACGAGAAGUCGGCGUGCAGUGGACAUCCCCUACCUACCUACGGAGGUUCCCCUGACAUUAAAGGAGCGGAGUCUGGAGACAGGGAAGAUCCUCCUGACAGAGCCAGUACCAGAACUGGGCCACAUGGAGUACCAACUGCUCAAGUUCUUCAUCCUGCUUAUCGUCCUGCUCGUCCUGUCCUCCUGCUACCUGGCCUUCCGUGUGUGUUGUCUAGAGCAGCAGCUGUCCUUCCUCAACACACAUCCCACAAUGCCCAUGAGAGAGAGGUGUGGAGAAGUGCCCUGCUGGUUCAAUGAAAAGACAAUGACUUGAGAAAAUCCAAGACCUGAAGUCAAAACUGCAGUUAAAUAGACCGUCCAAUAGGGGGUGCCAGAGAGACAAGAAUCCUCUUGUCGUUCCCUAGAAAGACUAUGGACUGCAGACAGAUGGAGGAGGAUUGGAAGAAGACGACUACAGAGUAGGUGUCAAUGGGACAGAGCCAACGGAGUUCACCUGACCUUUGACCUCAAUGUCCUUGUUUUACUCGGAUUCUGCCAAGGAACUUUACAAUACCAGUCAACUGAUCAGACACUUCCGCAUCCAGGAUUUUAGAGACGGAGCCUGUUGUCAGACACACGGAGCCUGUUGUCAGACACACGGAGCCUGUUGUCAGACACACAGAGCCUGUUGUCAGACACACGGAGCCUGUUGUCAGACACACGGAGCCUGUUGUCAGACACACGGAGCCUGUUGUCAGACACACGGAGCCUGUUGUCAGACACACGGAGCCUGUUGUCAGACACACGGAGCCUGUUGUCAGACACACGGAGCCUGUUGUCAGACACACGGAGACUGUUGUCAGACACACGGAGCCUGUUGUCAGACACACGGAGCCUGUUGUCAGACACACUGAGCCUGUUGUCAGACACACGGAGCCUUUUUCAACAGGAAUAGACUGUACCCAGUAGGAGAGUUGCUACGAGAGAGACUGAAUAAAGAUUGAAUAUAAGAAGGCAGUCCGAUCAGGAACUCAACCUGACCUGGUCAACCAUUUCCAACCGUAGCCCACCUUGCAAUGUUUACUGUGCAUGGUCACCGAGACAUAACCGUUCCUGUAAUACUAAAGAAAAAUAUAAACUAUUUCAAUGGACACUAUUAUCAGAGGUUUAACAUUUCUGUCAGAAUUUGAAGAUGCUGUGCUCGAGUCUUGUCAUGCCAACUGAAAACAUGCUACUGUGUGUGUCAGGUGAGGUUGUGAAAGUGUGUGUGUGUGUGUGUGUGUGUGCGUGCGUGCGUGUUGUAUGUGUGUGUGUUUGAGUCUAUUAACCAUUGUUUGUGUGACUUAACAAGUGGCUAGGACUGUCUCAAGGUAGUCGGUAGCUUCUCCAUGUCAUGUAAUAAUAGAUAUUGACAGAAUUGUAAAGCCAUUGUCUGUGAAUCUGUGUUGGAUGGAGGGGAACUUUGGACGUGAACGGAGAGAAAGUGGUGAAAGUAUUGAGAGAGAGUUUGAGUUUUUAUAAAACCUUUAUUUUUACUCAAGUGUUAACAUAAAUAAUGACACACUGCCUUUUCAGAAAUGAAACAACAAAUGUAAUUCCUAAACAAAAAUAAAUACAUAACAUAUACAUUCAA